GACCUUCAUGUCUUAACUUGCUGCGUUCGCCGAACAAAGUUCAUCAGCCGACAAGUACAGCGGACUAUUAGCAGGUGUCGGGACAAAAGUCGAAAGAGAAUUUCCCCGCACUACAACAACAAAUAAACCUCAACAAUACAACCUAUUGCUGUACGACUACUUACUAAAUAUGCCUAAAGGCCGCCCAAGUAUUAAUUUAACCCCGUACCAACUAGAGCUUUGUGCGUUGCACUAUAAGGGCCUAACCUUUAACGAGCUUGCAGCCUACUUGCUUAACUCGUACGGGGUUACUGUUAAUCCUCGUACGUUGAAGAGAAGGUUUCAGAACUGGGGUAGAAAAUAUGUCCGCAAAACUAGAUCGUCGAGCUCUAAACCUAGGUCCGACUUUGGUUCUAAUGCCAAUUCCGACAUUGUUGUCUUGACGAAGCCCUGCCCUGUCAUGACAGCGCCCUCGAUUCAGCCCGAUCCCACAACCAAGAUAUUGCAGAGAUUCCUAGAAAUCUCGCCUCUGUCCGGAGACUACUCUCUCAUCGACGAAUACAUCAACGUCCUCGAUAAGCUAGCCGCUCAAGAUGCUGCGAGUGGUGCACGCAAACGGUCGAUAGACGAGCUCGCGAACGAAGAAGCCACUAUUACGCUCGCUAUUGAAGGCCUUCCCGCCGAAGAGAAGCAGCAUCUUGCCACCAUUGCUCAAGCUUGUGCUAAGGGUAUUCAGGCUGACAUGGCAACUUUGAGCAUAGCUACUGAUAUGUCUGCCAUUCAAGCGGCCAUAGAGACACGCAACAAGGAAGCUGAGGUUUCGCGUCAAAGUGUGCUUGGCAUGAUGACGAAGAGAGCAGAAGAGCUACGUACGCGACGACUGGACGUGCGCCGCAGAAGAGAAGCCGCGUUGGAGGAGUGGAAAGUAAACUCUAACUUUGACACCCUAUCGCUACAGGAGACAAAAGAGCGUUUGGAGAAAGAGGGUGGUAUGGCCAUGGCGGUUGAGCUUGGUAGAAGGAUAGAAAGAUCAGAAAGCGCUGAGGCAAAGAGGAAUUGAAAGGCUUUGGCUAAAGUUCGGCCGUAUAUGUACAAGGAUCCAGUGGAGAUGAGGCCGUUCGGUCCUAGAGGCUUCUCAGCCCAAGCAAGGACUAUCUAUGAGAUGACAUGCCAUGUAUCUAUCAAUCAGCAACAUCUAGUCACAACAAGUUAUAUAUCAUCCUUGAACACCUUCUUCUUGUGAGAAA